AUGGAGGAGGUUGCUAGGAACUUGGACCAGGAAGCAGCUGGAGACCUUGUAGCUGAGGAGGAGCAGCUUGAACCUGAGGAAGUAUUGGAGGCUUUGGCCAUACCAACUGGUCCAGUCACUAGGUCACAAACUAAGCUGCUCAACCUAGACAUUGGAAGAGUACUUAGCCGUUUGAGUCGGCAGGUUCUUGAAGUCAAGCAUCCCACCUUGGAAGAUGAAGAGGAUUCGAACAAGAGUCUCAGUGAAUACCUUCUGGAGCAAAUCAAGAAGCUGAUGAUGGAUGAGUUUGAUCGGAGGGAACAAGUUAAAGAAGGGAAGCGCAAAGAGUCUAGAGAUCAUAUCCAUAUCUCGGAUGAGGAGAGGAGGAACGACCCUAUGGCCUCAAGAAGGAUGGCCGAUGAGCAAGCCAAUGCUUACUACGACAGUGGCCAUUCCUCUCAAGGCAGUCCGCUCUAG